GUUGCGCGUGCGGCCAGAGUGCGGAAUACAGCACGAUACACAUCAGUUCAGAUCGCGAUCAUGGCGGAUCCGUUGAGUCUGCUACGACAGUACAAUGUCAAUAAGAAGGAGAUAAUCGAGCGCGAGAAUCAGAUCAUAUUCGGCGAAUUUUCCUGGCCGAAGAACGUCAAGACCAAUUAUCUGACCUAUGGAUCCGGAAAGGAAGGCACACCUAAAGAAUAUUAUACCCUCGAGUGUCUCUUGUUCCUGCUCAAGCAUGUCCAGCUCACACAUCCAGUAUACGUGCGACAAGCGGCCGCGGAGAAUAUCCCGGUGGUACGUCGACCUGACAGAAAGGAUUUGCUGGCCUAUCUCAAUGGCGAGACCGCUACAUCAGCCGCCAUAGAUAAAUCGGCACCAUUGGAGAUUCCAACGCAAGUGAAACGCGCCGCCGAAGAUGGCCUGGAGAGCGGUUCGUCGAAGAAACCCCGCUUCGAGGAGACUCACGUGCAGAAAGUAAAGGAACAGCUGGCCGCGCGUCUGGAUGCUCCUAAGGAAGCGUCAGUUACCGUCGACAAUAUCAAAUCACUCUCGGAAGCGAUGUCGGUGGAGAAGAUCGCCGCCAUCAAGGCGAAACGCUUGGCGAAGAAGCGCACUACCAUCAAGGAGAAUGACGACAUUGGUAUGGGCUCGGAUCUGCGUGUUAUUCUCGACAUGGAUGUGGACGAUACCAAGGACAUCGUGUCGCGCGAGCGACAGUGGCGGACCCGCGCUACGAUCCUGCAGAGCAGCGGUAAGAUCUUCGCGAAGAACAUCUUCGCGAUCCUACAGAGCAUUAAAGCGCGCGAGGAGGGUCGACAGAAGGGCCCGGCUGUGCCCACGCCGAUGGUGACGCCACGUUCGACACCCAUGCGACCCCUGCCGCAGCCAGCCGUGUACAAUCGUUACGAUCAGGAGCGUUUUAUCCGGCAGAAGGAGGAAACGGAAGGCUUCAAGAUCGACACCAUGGGUACGUAUCACGGCAUGACGUUGAAAUCCGUGACUGAGGGUACAAAUCCCGCCGUGAGAAAACCACCGACCAAUCCGUCCAGCACGCCGACUUCCGGUUUAUUGCCCACCUCCGCCGCAAAGUUGACGCCUCAGCAAGCCGCGCAGAACAAACGACCCAGCCGAACACCCAUCAUUAUCAUUCCUAGCGCAAAUACGUCUCUCAUCACUAUGUAUAACGCCAAGGACAUUCUUCAGGAUUUGAAGUACAUUAGUAACGAGGACAAACGAGCGCAGGGUUGUAAACGCGAGAAUGAGGUACUUCUUCAACGGCGUAAGGAAGGUGGCCUAACCGUGCCAUAUCGGGUUGUUGAUAAUCCGCAGAAGCUCACCAAUGCCGACUGGGAAAGAGUCGUUGCUGUAUUCGUCAUGGGACCAGCGUGGCAGUUUAAGGGUUGGCCAUUUGAUGGCAAUCCAGUAGAAAUCUUUUCGAAAAUAUGCGCAUUUCACUUGAAAUAUGAUGAGAUGAGGCUGGACGCGAAUGUAGCACGUUGGGCGGUCACGGUGAUCGAAUUGAGCCGGACAAAGAGGCACUUGGACAGAGCAGCGUUAAUGAUAUUCUGGGAACAUCUUGAUAAACAUAUGAUCAAGAACAAGCCACAUCUUCGUUUCUGAAUCCUAAUACAUGAUUCAGAUUUGUAUAAGUAUUCUCAAUAUUUUUUAGAUAUUUUCAUAAAGAGUUGUACAUACGGUUCGAAAAAAUGUAACAUAUAUAUAUAUAUAUGUAUAUGUAUAUCUACAUAAAUAUAAAUGCGUAUCAUAAUGCGAAAUCGAAUCGAAUUUAAUUGACGUAUCUCGGCAACGUACGAAUAAUUACAUUAUUUGAUAAUUAUCAUUUAAUAAAAAAAACAUUCAUUUUUUAAGCGUAGUAGAUUUUUAGAUUGUAAUGUCUAGCAGCGAAUCUCGACUCGUUUAUUGUUUGUAAUCAAUUUACCCGCCGAGAGAUUUAUCAUCCUGUUUGUGAUUCAACACAUAUUCUGACGCGUAUAGAUUUAGUAUAUCGAUUAUAAUUAGCGCGAACUGAUGUGCCUGUUAUUGAUAAUUAAUAAAACAUCAAGUUAAGCAAUUUCUAUUCUUGAUUGAGAAUAUAUAAAG